AUGCAUGCAGCGGAGACAGAAAAAAGAUAUAAUAUUAAAUACAGCAGACAACCCAUCAAGGAGACAGUUCUAUACAAAUGGAGACAGUAUAUACACCUCAGCCCCGACGCUCUUGCUGCUGCGCUGCAGCAGCACCAACUGUCUCUCCCCCCUCCAAACCCCUACCUCACCACCAUACUCCAGCUAAAGCCCCCACAGCAGCAGCAGCAGCAGCAGCAGGAGCAGCAGCAGGAGCAGCAGCAGCAGCAGGAGCAGCAGCAGCAGCAGGAGCAGCAGCAGCAGCAGGAGCAGGAGGAGCAACAGCAACAGCAGCAGCAGCAGCAGCAGCAGCAGCAGGAGCAGCAGCAGCAACAGCAGCAGCUGCAGCAGCAGGAGCUGCAGGAGCAGGAGCAGGAGCAGCAGCAGCAACAGCAGCAGCAGCAGGAGCAGCAGCAGCAGCAGCAGCAAGAGGAGAUGCUUGAUGCUGUCCCCCCCACACGUUUAGUAUAUGGGAAGGGACAUAUAUGUGAGGAGACAGCUGAGGUGUCUCCUCUGUCUCCUUUGUCUCCUUUGUCUCCUUUUUCUGUUUUUUCUUUGUCUCCUUUUUCUUUUUCUUUUUCUCCGCGAAGGGAUAGAGACACUGAAGCAGCACUACAGCAGCAGCAGCAGCAGCAGCAGCAGCAGCAGCAGCAGCAGCAGCAGCAGCAGCAGCAUGCAGAGACAAACAGAUAG